CUCGUAGUUUCCACUUCUUCCUUGUCCCUGUUCUCAGACCAACCGGUGUCGGGCUGCUCUCCUUUCCUCUCAUCUCAACCUAGCCCACUGCCAGCCCACUAGGCCUACCCUAAAUCCCCAUCCGACUUGGGUCGUCCGAUCGCUAUCCGAUGAUCAAACUUGCUCCAAUCCCCCUCUAGUCCAUAUGGUAUUUAUAGCAGAUGACAGCCCAACCAAAUAUGCUCCAACCCUAAAUUCUAGGAGAUUUGUCCGUGCAGCCGCCGCCGCACUCAUCGUCACCUCGGGAUCUUCCCGGAUCCAUCUCGCAGCCACCCACAGGCCAGCGGUCUCCCCCUCGAUCCCCAUCCCACCAAUCUCCUCCCGAUCCGAAAACCCACCAAUCAAAGCCCUCCCAUGGCUUCCCUGAACUCCUCCCUCCUCCUGGCCGAGGAGCCAGCCCGCAGCCGCAUCGAGCUCCUCCCCGAGCACCGCGCCCACGUCCGGCAGAGAGCCGAGUUGCCGGACCAGUAGAUGAGCCUCGCGCCGCCCCUACCAUCCCUUCCUUCCUCUCCCGUGUCUCUCUUCUCUCUUUCUCAAUGCUCUCUCUCUCUGUUGCAACAGGGAAUCGAGCUGCCAUGUCCGUCGCCCUUGUUUUUCUCCUGCUAGGAGACCGUUUGCAGCCUCCUCGACCCGGAUCCACGCCGGCGCCACCGGACCACCCUCUCCGACAGCCUCGAGCCCCGCUCGUCAUCGCCUCCGACCUCGCGCCCCAGGCGCGCCGGAGAACCUCCCCAGCCGCAGCACGCAGACGCUCGCAACCCUCGCGGCUCCACUGGAAGCUGCUCCUCGCCGAGCUCCUCAAGUCCCACCGCUGCCUCAAGUUCCUCGCUGUCGGAGUCCUCAGCGCCACCGCGACUACCGCUUGCCUUGUCCUGGCAUCGCUGAUGUGCAGCCAUGCCGUCAGCCCCUGCUCGGUCCAUCGCCUCCUCUACAUCGCGGCCUCCCCUGCUUCGGCCUCCAGCCUAUGCCGUCGAGCGCCGCCUCCGCCUGGAUCUGUCAAGUCCCUUCUCCUCGCCAAGUUCCGCCCGUCGUUCCUCACCCGCCGGAGGGCACCGUCGUACCCCGUUCCAGCGCAGCUGCUGUCAAUCUUGUCUCUCUGCGAGGAAGACGACCCCUCGCUCAUUGACCUCGGCCUCCUCAAGCCCUGCGCAGCCCCGGUGACGCGCCAUGGACGCGAGCCCCUCCGCGUCAAGUCCCUGCUGUCGGCGCGCUGCUUCCUCUGCUUUGUCCAGGACUACGCGCCCUGCUUCGCUCGAUUCAGCCGUGCGUUGACCGGGUCACUGCCUCAAGCCGCCGGCCCAAUGCUGCUGCCUCCGUCCAGCCCAGCACCAGAUCUGGCCCAAGGCCCCUGUGUUCCGGUUAUGUUGCGAUUGUGAGGACCCGUUUGACUACGUUGGUUCGUCUACUUCAUGGAUUCGGUGUUCUUCCUAGCGGGAUUUCAGGCAAGAUGAUCGUGACUUUGGAUCUCACUACUAUCUUUGCUAUGCUAGUUGUCUCGAUGCUAUUGAUAUGUCGCGCUACCCUCCA